AAAGUUUAUAGAACAUUUUUAUGCUUAAAGUCAUACUUAAGGAGAAUAUGUGCCAACUUCCAUGAAGACUUGAACUCAUAGCAAUCUUCAUCUUCUUGAAGUAAAGAAUAAAAAUUAACGCAACAUUGAUAUAAAUAAUAAGCCUUUGGAAAUAAUCUACAUUCGUGUUACUGUACGCCGUAAAUUUUCUUGAUAUGGAUAUCCUCCAGGAUGGCAUUUCACGGUCUAUAUCUGAUGCUCCACCAGCUCAUUACGUAGUGAGAGUGGAGUUAUUUUCACUCCUCGCAAAUAAUUCAAUAGAAAAAUACGUGUCAGAGAAAUUUGAAGCUGGAGGAUAUAAAUGGAAGUUGGUCCUACACCCAAGUGGAAACAAGGGCAAAAAUAUAAAAGACCAUAUUUCACUAUACUUGGCUUUGGAUGAAGCAAGUUUACCUCAUCCUGCUUGGGAAAUCUAUGUGAAUUUUCGAUUGUUUUUGCUUGACCAGAACACCGACAACUUCUUAGUUGUCCAAGAUGCAACGGGAAAGGAAAGGAGAUUUUACAAAAUGAAGGCUGAAUGGGGAUUUGAUAAGUUCAUUACUCUAAAAGAGUUCAACGAUGCCUCUAAAGGUUAUUUGGUGGAUGAUACAUGUGCGUUUGGAGCAGAAGUCUAUGUAUGCAAGGAAAGAAGCAGAAGUAAAGGGGAAUCCAUAGUAAUGGUGAAGGAUUCCUUUACCUACAAGCAUGUCUGGGAGAUUAACAACUUCUCAAAAUUGGACUUAGAAUUCUAUGACUCUAAAACAUUCAAUGCUGGAAACUAUGAGUGGAAGAUAAAACUAUAUCCCAAAGGAAACGGCCCUGGAUUUGGCAGUCAUCUUUCUUUAUACUUAGCCUUAUCUAACCCAUCAACACUUUCUCCUGUUUCAAAAAUAUAUGCACAGAUAACAUUACGCAUACUUGACCAAAAGCAAGCCAAGCAUCACUUUGGAAAAGCUAAUUACUGGUUUAGUUCCUCAAACCAUGAACGUGGUGCAUCAAGAUUGAUUCCACUCAGUUACUUCACCAGUCAAUACCAGGGUUUUCUGGUGAAGGAUAGUUGCUUGGUGGAAGCUGAGGUCCAAAUUCUCGGGGUGGUUGAAGCAUUGUCCUGAGUUUGUCUAUAAAGCAGUCACAAUGAAGCACCGACACAAUUUCUAUUUCGCUUUCCAUAGGCAUAAUUGGUUAUAUAUGAAAGCUAUACAUGGAACAUUGUUAACAAAACUAAAAUCAAAAUAAAAACAGAAAUCCGAAAAAGAAAACUUAUGGAUGGAUGAAAUUCACAUGCUUGGACAUACCUUCUCGGUAUGUUUCAUAAAGCAUUGUCGCUUGUAUAAAUAUAAUGAAAUAAUGUACAUUACAAAUGAGAACAGGUGUCUACAAUGGUGAAGAAAUGGUUUUCUUUA